UAGUCGGCCUAUAGGCGAACUUCAACCUGCGCUCUAGAGUCUAAAUUGGCUGUAGGAAAUUGAACUCUAUUCGUACCGCAUGUGCUCUUUCAGCUGAGUGUGGGCCGUGCUUGUCGCGGUCAGUUGGUGCCGGAUUAAUUCCUCGUGUUGUUAUGGCUCUCGGUAGUGAAGUGAAUGAUGAUAAUGCUACGAAACAAACUUCACAAAAAGUGAAAAAAUGCCCUGUAACCAGCGCCCUAAACGAAAAAAGUGCUAGCGAGAAUGUUAACAAAGGGUCUAAAUCCGAGAAGACGGCUAAGAUGAAGAAAGAAACUCCGGCAGCCGUCAAAGUCAGCUGUAGUAACGGUCACGCAAGUACACCGAACGGGCGCGCAGAUGACGAAGGUGGUGGAAGCGUCGCGACACCACGUGUCUCUUACGCAGCCGCUGCACGCAAAGCACCGUCACCACAAAUAAAUAAUACGCCCCCGCCGUUUCCGCUGAACACAGAAUGUCCGAAAAGUACAACGAUAAGUGAAAAAUCGUCACAAGCCAAACUCGGUACUUCAACUACCAAAUUAAACGGUGAAACGUCACUAUCAGAUAAUAAGAAUGAUGAAUUAAGUACCAAAGAAUCAGUCAUGAACGGCACCGAAGAUACAAACACAAAUAAAAUUGUCAAUGGUGAUCUAAAAAAUACUUCAGAAUGUGAUAUUAGCAGUAGUGAUAAUACUAAAAUAGUUUCUAAUGGAAUUAACAGUGAUUCAGAUGAUGCGAAAUCAACUAUGUCGAGUGAUGGAAAUGAGAAUAUAGUUUUAACUGAAGACUUACCUUUUAAAAUUGCUGAACCAAAGUCGGUUGUUAGCAAAAAGAAAGAAAGCAAAAAAAAUAUUACUUUAGAGAAGUCUAAAGAAUCUGACAAGAAGAAAUCGCUAUCUGAAAAUAUCGAAGAAGAUAGUAAAGACGAGGAAUCUUUAACACAAUCAAUAAAUUGUAACGAUAAAAAAGACGUAGCUAAGAUUGUUAACGGCGAAAAAGAGUCAUCUCCAAGUGAAGAUGGAGAUGAAAAGAAGAGAGACGCAGAAGUAGUUUUUAUUCAAGAUAUGGGAUUCACAGUGAAAAUUGUCAGCCCUAGGGCUGAACCUUUAGAUAUACAGGUUUCCAGUAUGGAGCUCGUGCAAGAAAUACAUCAAGUGUUAAUGGAUCGUGAGGAUACAUGUCACCGAACUUGCUUUUCCCUUCAACUUGAUGGUGUUACUUUAGAUAAUUUUGCGGAAUUGAAAAAUAUUGAAGGACUAAAAGAAGGCUCUGUUAUAAAGGUUGUUGAAGAGCCGUAUACGAUGCGCGAAGCUCGUAUCCACGUACGGCACGUCCGAGACCUGCUCAAGUCUAUUGACUACGUGGACGCCUACGCUGGUCAGGAGUGCAGUUCACUCGCUUUCCUCAACGUUGUCACACAGGGUGACAUAUUAGAAAAGAAGAAAUCACGCCCAGAAAGCGUAGACUGUACUCCACCAGACUUUAUAAUGCCCGGUAGCACUGAAAGGCCUUUGUUGGCUCUUCAUCCAGGUCUUACUAAAGAAAAUAAAGCUCCACAAUGUCUAAAGGUACUAACAACGUCUGGAUGGAAUCCGCCGCCAGGCCCGCGCAAGAUGUGCGGCGACCUGUUGUACCUCCAUGUCGUCACUCUGGAAGAUCGCCAUUUCCACAUAACAGCAUGUCCGCGCGGCUUCUACCUCAAUCAAUCCACCGAAGAAGUGUUCAAUCCACGUCCUUUUAAUCCAUCUCUACUUUGUCAUUCCUUAAUCGAACUGUUGAGUAUCGUGUCCCCUGCUUUUAAGCGAAACUUUGCUCUGGUGCAAAAGAGACGCAUGCAGAAGCACCCGUUUGAGAGAGUCGCCACCCCAUACCAAGUGUACCAGUGGGCUUCGCCGAUGCUGGAUCAUACGGUCGAUGCUAUUCGGGCGGAGGACACGUUCUCCUCCAAGCUGGGCUACGAGGAGCACAUUCCGGGUCAGACGCGCGAUUGGAACGAGGAGUUGCAGACCACGCGGGAGCUGCCGCGCGCCACGCUUCCAGAGCGGCUUCUACGCGAGCGGGCUAUAUUCAAGGUGCAUAGUGACUUCGUGGCGGCCGCGACCCGCGGCGCGAUGGCCGUGGUAGACGGCAACGUGAUGGCCAUCAACCCGGGCGAGGAGCCCAAGAUGCAGAUGUUCAUCUGGAACAACAUAUUCUUCUCGCUGGGCUUCGACGUGCGCGACCAUUACAAGGACCUCGGCGGUGACGCUGCGGCGUUUGUUGCGCCGCGGAACGACCUGCAAGGCGUGCGCGUGUACAGCGCCGUGGACACGUGCGGGCUGCACACGCUGGGCACGGUGGUGGUGGACUACCGCGGGUACCGCGUCACCGCGCAGUCCAUCAUCCCCGGCAUCCUGGAGAAGGAGCAGGAGCAGAGCGUCGUGUAUGGCAGCAUCGAUUUCGGGACCACUGUGCUUUCGCAUCCCAAAUACAUGGAAUUGUUGAGCAAGGCCGGGCAGCAGCUCAAGAUAAUGCCGCACUCGGUGGUGAGCGCGAACGGCGAGACCGUGCAGUUGUGCUCGAGCGUGGAGUGCAAGGGCAUCGUCGGCAACGACGGCCGCCACUACAUCCUCGAUCUGCUGCGAACCUUCCCGCCCGACGUCAACUUCCUGCAACUGGAAGAUGACGAUUUGAGAGAGGAUAUAAAAUCAAUGGGCUUCCCAAUCAUACACAAGCACAAAUUGUGUUGCCUUAGACAAGAAUUAGUUGAUAGUUUUGUUGAGGCACGUUACUUUAUGUUUAUACGAUACGCUGCGUUCCACUUACAACAGCUAAGUGCGAAGCGACAGCGAAAGACAUCUGAACAGAAGUCAAUUGAACAUAAUAAGGAUAGUGAUAAGAAAGAGGCUGCAAAAGAGACUGAAAAGGAAACUAACAGAGUUAACAAGAGUCAGGAUAAGGAAGUCAAGAGGGAAAGCAAGAGUCAGGAUAAGGAAGUUAAGAGAGAUAGCAAGAGUCAGGAUAAGGAAAUUAAGGAUAAGAAACAAAAGAAAGAAGAGAAAAAGGAGAAGCUAGACACUGCCAAAAAAGACGAUUCACAAGAAACGGAACAAACGGAAAAAUUAGAAAUUAAGGAAAAAGAUGAUGAAUUGCUGCUCAAUGAAAACUAUUCGGAAAUCGAUACAGAUGUUGCCAAAAAAAUUGUUGAGAGCAUAACAGAUUCAAUAUGUAGUGGAGACAAACAGGAAAAUGAUUCCGGGGAGCGGUCCCGCGCCGUGGUGGCGGCGGCGGCGCGCGCGGUGGCGUCGCUCAAGGAGUCGGAGUUCGACGUGCGCUUCAACCCCGACGUGUACUCAGCUGGCAUCAAGCACGCUGCCUCGCCCGAGCAGCUCGCCAAGCAGCGCCAUCUGGUGAAGGAGGCGGCCGCCUUCCUGCUCACCACGCAGAUACCGGCCUUCGUGCGCGAAUGUCUCGAGCACACGUCGGCGCCGAUGGACGGCGCGGGGCUGACGGAGGCUCUGCACGCGCGCGGCAUCAACGUGCGCUACCUGGGCCGCGUGUGCGCCGCGCUGCGCCCGCACGCCAGCCUCUCCUACCUGCACAGCAUCGCUGUCGCCGAGCUGCUGCUGCGCGCCGCCAAGCACGUCUACACCGCCUAUCUGCAGGGUUGCGAGGCCAUGUGCACGAGCGCGGCGGUGUCACACUUCCUGAACUGCUUGCUGGGCGCGGUGGCGGCGCCGGCGCCGGGUGCGGCGGAGGCACCCGCGCGCGCUCCCCGCUCGCGAGGCCGACGCGCCAAGAAGACGCACCACGCGUCGCCUGCCUCGCCGCCGCCCUCUCCCGACUGGCAGAACGUGACGCCGCGCUCGCUUUUCGCGCAGAUCAAACAGGAACUCAAGGCCUAUUGGGGAUAUGAUCUAAAUGCUGAAAGCAUGGAUGUAGUCAUUGAAAAACACAAUCUACAAAAAAUAUCAUUGCUUAGGUCAUUUUCACUUAAAGUUGGCUUGCAAGUGCUUCUGCGAGAGUAUGACUUUGACAAUAAGAACAAGACUGCCUUCUCAUCCACAGACAUUAUGAACAUUUUCCCAGUUGUCAAACAUAUCAAUCCACGGGCAUCAGACGCGUACAACUUCUAUACGACGGGCCAGAACAAAAUCCAAGCGGGCGCAGUGUCGGAGGGCCACGAACUGAUAGCGGAGGCGUUGAACCUCCUCAACAACGUGUACGGCGCCAUGCACGGCGAGAUAGCGCAGUGUCUGCGCAUGGUGGCGCGCCUGUGCUACGUCACGGGGGAGCACAGGGACGCCAUGGCGUACCAGCAGAAGGCGGUGCUCAUGUCCGAGCGGGUCAACGGCAUCGACCACCCCUACACCAUCACGGAAUAUUCUCAUUUAGCAUUGUACUGCUUCGCGAACGGCCAAGUGAGCACCGCGUUGAAGCUACUGUACCGCGCGCGCUACCUCGCUUUGUUGGUCUGCGGUGAAAAUCAUCCUGAGAUGGCUUUGUUAGAUAGCAACAUCGCGCUGAUCCUGCACGCGGUGGGCGAGUACGAGCUGUCGCUGCGGUUUGCGGAGCGCGCGCUCAACGUGACGGGCGCCACGCACGGCGCGCGCUCGCUCAAGGCGGCCGUGGCGCGGCACCUGCUGGCGCGCACCCUCUCCUGCCUCGGCGACUUCCGCGCCGCGCUGCAGCAUGAGAAGGAGACCUACUCUAUAUACAAACAACUGUUGGGCGAGAAGCACGAGAAGACGCGCGAGUCGUCGGAGUGCCUGCGCCACCUGACGCAGCAGGCGGUGGUGCUGCAGAAGCGGCUGGCGGAGGCGUACGCGCGCGGGCACCCGCACCCCGCGCCGCUGCACAUCCAGCCGCCCGCCAUGGCCUCCGUCAUCGACAUGCUCAACCUGAUCAACGGCAUACUGUUCGUGCAGAUCAGUCCACAAGACAUAGAGCAGUUCAAAGCGGAAAUAGAGAAGCGACAGUUGAAAGACUUACCCAUACCGUUGGAAGCGAGCAAGGAGAAGAGCGACAGCACGAGCGCGGACGACGGCGCGCUCGCCGGCGAGCUCAAGGACGCGCUCAACGGCGAGCUCAAGGACGCGCUCAAGGAUGCGCUCAACGGCGAGCUCAAGGACGCGCUCAACGGCGCCGACAGUUGAAACGCGCCGCGCGUCGCGAGUCGUUUGCGAUUACCGAUCGAUCAUAUUGUUCCUUAUUAUCGAGGUAUGCCGUAGUGGUCAGCGCCGGAUUAGCCAUAGGGCGGUAGGUAGCAUUUGCUACAGGCCCCGCGUUCAGAUGGGGGCCCCGCGCCUGAGAAAAAAAUGUGAAGGUGAUUUUUGGUGAGCAAUAUGGACUAUUAAUAUUUGUUUUUGCAAACUGCAGUGUCAUUCAUCAAAUGAAAGAGUUUCUUAUGAGGAUCAUUUUAAAAUGAAUAGCUUUUGAGUUAUUCCAGGAUAUAUACUCGUACUGUUCAAGCUUGAUUCAACUUGAAUCUAAUAAUAAAACUAACAUUUUGAAAAAUAAAAUGCAGAAUAGUCCUACUUGUAGAUUUCAGGAAAAUAUUUUAAUAUGAAUGUCACUUUUGGGGGGAAAAACCAAAUUAGAAUUUGUUUUUUUUUUCAACCUAAAUCGCCCCCUGUUUAAAUUGCUACUGGCCCCGCGCUAGCUUAAUCCGGCACUGGUAGUGGUUAGUGUGCUAAGGUUUGAUGUAGAUGUUUUUUUGUUAGUCAAAUUUUUGAGAAUAUAAUUUCGAUCAAAUAUCUAUAUUAUAUUAUGAUAAGAGUUAUUUUAUAAAUUGCGUUGUGCAAUAGUUUCGUGCUCGUUCGGCUCGCGGCGUCGGACACCCACAGUAGUGCAAUUUCGUAGUGAUAGUAGCAAUAAGUUUUGGUUGUGAGCCCGAUACGAACGCGUCGCUUGUUUAUGGUACUGGUGCUACUGCCAUCCUGUCCUUUUCUCCCUUGUGUAAUAAUGAAUUUGGUGAACUAUCGUUGUUGCUGAGUAUUAUUUUAAUGAUUUUUUUUUUAAUAUUGCGGGAUUGUAUUGUUGAAUUAUUGAUAUUAAAUUCGAUUGUAUUGCGAUUGAAAUGUAACAAGAUAACUCAGUAGUAUGAGAUUGCACACUUUGCAAGCUUCGAUUAUUGUUAUUGACCAGCGAACGCCCGCGUCACAAAUCCCGCGGGAACCAUGGCCUUUUCCAGGAUGAAAAGUAGCCUAUGUGGUAAUCCAGAGUAAAAUCGUAUUACCAUUACAAAUUACAGCUAAAUCGCUUCACUAGCCGCAGCGUAAAGGAGGAACAAACAUACAUUCACACUUAUACACAAACAAACUUUCGCCUUUGUAAUAUUAGUGUGAUGUAUCUAAUAAAUAAUAUAUAAUAAAUCACGUCUAAUAAAUCACGUCUUACUUUAAAAGUUCUACUCUGUUUCAUAGUAUAUGCGGUUAGCUUAAAAAGAUAAAUUUCGACAUUAAAAUAACUUUUACGAAAUUUACGAUUCAAAAAUUUUGUUUGAUCAGUUCUAAAAAAAACAUGAGUAACUAACUAACAGUUAGCAAAUUAAAGGAACAGUAGUUUCCUUUUGUUAUAUUAUAUAUCUAACUAAUAAAAUAUUUUUGAAAAUUAAUUAAUUUUUAUAAAAAAUUUUCGCCAAAAAUGUUUUACAAUAAUAAUAAUCAAUAAGUUUUCAAAGUGUGCAAAAUUUUGCUAUGGAUUCUUACGAUUCGAUACAAUAGUUAUGUUUUACUCGAAUACGUCAUGCGAGUCGCUCGAUUUUAAAUCCCUGGAAAACUGCCUUGAACUAAUUUUAUUUUUCUUAUAUUCAUUCUGAUUUUAGUAUUGUUAGUGCCAUAUAUGUACCUACGUAGUAUAAAUUGUUUUUAUGAAACAAUUCUGUUAGUCUGUGAUAUAAGGUGUUUACAUUCGAGCUGCUUGUCUUGUCGUCUGCUAAGUCUGCAAAAAUUUUGUUUACUUGAAGAGUAAAUAAACGAAAUAAUCACAAUUAUAACAAUUAUUCAUGUAUAAAUUGUAUAAUGUAAUGAAAAAAUGGAUGUCUGUAUAAUUGGAUAGAAUUUAUAAUAUUAGGGAAACCUAACGCAAAGUCAGGAGCGGAAUUUCAGCAAGCAUUAAUAGUGGUAAAGCUUUUUGAGCCAGAGCUCAUCAUGGGAACUAUCAUUGUAAUUUCUGUAGUGAAACAGCAUAAGUCAAAAUUCUCAAAAAAAAGGAGUUCACUCAACUAACUCACCUGCUACUUGAGUAUUUCGGAAGUUUUAAUUGGGUUGCCCUAAACGUACCCAUCAAUAUCAAGGAGUUGAUGGAGAUACUUAACAGCAUGAUUAUUUCCUCCCUCCCCACCAUCUUACGUAAGCGAAUAUAUACAAAAGUCUCCUUUUCGGCUCCCUAUUAAAUCAUGUGGGGGUAAACUUCUUAAAGCUUGCUCAGUGUCGUAGGCUGACUUUUCGACACAUUCACCCUGUGCAGUGUCUAUUAAUAUGUGACUUCAAACUAUCGCAACUCAACAUCAAAAAUUUAGUGACUUGAUGCCCUUAUUGUAGACACUAUUCAAGUAAAAUGAGUGCAGGUGUCCAAUUAUAAAUAUACAUAAUAUGUACUCUAAGUUCUAACGGUAUGCAUGUAUGUACCACAUUGUUGUACCACGAACUUUUCUGACCCAUUUGCCAAAACUGGAAACAACGUCAGUUAGUUCCAGUUUUGGCCACUUACGCAUUAACCGGCGGUCGCCAUUUUCCAAAAUAUAUUAAAAGCGCGGUAACAGUGACACCCUCACUGGGCCAGCGAAGAUUAUGGCGUUAUAAAAUGUUUUAACCAUUAUGUGUUGUCACUUAUUAAAUUAAUAGUCCUCUGUGAAAUCUGGUAAAAUCGCGAUUAAAUUUUGCACAGUAGUCGUAUUUUCACAGGGCUUUUCGCUGUUUGACAGGAAAUUUCGUUUUCGCUGUUUGUAAUGUCCGAACAACUGGGCUAAUGAAAUAUUAUUAUGUUUAAAAAAAAGGUAAUCUGCUGAUUUAACAGCCCCCGCAAUCCGCUAAAUGAUUCGGCGUUCGGAAUUCUGCACUGCGUGUUUUGAGUUCUGCGUUGCGCGUUCUGAGUUCUGCGUUCCGUGUUCUGAGUUCUGCAUUCAGCGUUUCAAACAUUACCUCUUUUUAUUGAAAAAUUUAUAAUGGAUUUUCAUUAGCCUAGUCAUUAGUUUAAGUUAAUAAAUAUGGGCUCUGCCCUCGUAAAGUAAAUUACUCAUUGUUUUUGUUCAUGUUUGCAAAAUUUCAGACAUUAUGUUAGUUAAAAAAACACUACAUAAUAUGUGUAUAUCGUCCAUUACAUUAAAUUGUAUAAAUAUUCAUAUUAUAGAUUGUCCUCUGACAAUAAUGUAACUAUUAUUACGAUCACUAUCUUGUUAUGUAUGUAACAUAAUAUAUUUUGAAUUGUAUCAGUAAGAUAUACGAGUAAUAUGAUGUAUACCCAUUAACUUUAAGCUACUGUGAAGAUUGGAUGUGAAAUAUAAUUGGACUGAAAGAGCCUGUUGGGCCAGACCUUCUUCUUCUUCAUAAAAGCUGAAAGAGAGCUCAUGCUCCUGCUAUAGUUAAGUAUUGUAGGCAAUGAUAUUUUAUACUAUUAGAUAUGUUAUGUAAGAAAUCAUCACAAAAAAUGAACCGAAUUUAGCUACUUCACACAUCGCAUACAUGCACAAUUUUGUGUUUACUAAGUAUUUAUAUGUAGUAUAUAAAUGUAUAUGAAUAUUAUAAUAUUAACUAUCUUAGUACCCAUAACACAAGCUACUUUGUAUGCUUACUUUGAGCUAGAUAGUGAUGUGUAUUGUUUAAGUAUAUUUAUUUAUACUUCCUGAACACACAACUCGACAUUGUAGGCAAUAUUUAGAUAUUAUUUGUUUAAAUAUUUUCAUCAUUUACUAUGCAACUAAAUGAAAUGAAGACAACCUUUAUUCGUCUCAGUUUCGCUAAUGACAUAUCUAAUAGUACAAAUUUCUGAUUGUAGACAACUACGGAAUUUGGAUCAUGGUGACUUUAGGAAGUAGGUUUCAAGGGUCCAGAUUCGAUUGUCUAAACAUAAAACGCAAUAUUUUGUUUUGCUUUUUGAUGAGGAAGGUCUAAGUAUCACUGUCUCUCAGUCUACGAUUAAACUGCUUGACAUUACUUUUGUAUGCAUCCUCAAAGAUUAAAUCAAUCGACACAUUGUCAGACUUCAAUGAAACAAUACAAAAUGGACUAUUUAUAGUAAAAAGCUUAUAUUUUUAAAUUAUACAUUAAUACAAUAUACAUACUACACACAUAUAAGAUAGUGGGAAGAAAGUAAAUGAAUUGAUAGAUCACAAUUAUUAUUAUAUUUUAUUUAGAUUUUAUGUGUUUAUAAAUAAAUUGAUGAAUUAUUGUGAAAACUCAUUGAGUUACUGUGUACUACGUACUUUUGAAGCUAUUCGGUAUUCCAAACAAAAAUCAUGUCUCAUAUAACAUUGGGGUUUAAGUUUACCCAUACUAUUGAAAUACGCAGCGCUGGAUCAUGUAAAAGACAUUGUUUCUUGCGACAUAGUAAGUUAGCAAGACUAUGAAAUGCGGCGAUAUCGCCGCAAUUGAACGAAACGCCGUAGUGAUGAGUAGUUUCUCUAGUAACUAGUACACAGAAACUCGUAUGUAGAAAACCAGAUUUUUUUUUAUGAAUAUACAUAUUUUAUUUUAGACAAUUUUGAAAUCAUUGAUAUUGUAGUUGCUGCUUUUCCUAAUAAGACAGUGACAAUAUAAUAACAGUUUUAAACUCUGUCUGUCUGUAAUAAGUGUAAAACAUUGUUAAUAGAGUAACACUAUAAAAUAUUAUUUGAGGGCUGAUAAAUCAAAGCUGACCUCACAUUGAUUUCUAUCGCUAAAGGGCUCCAAUGUUUAAAUAAUUAUUAUAAAAAUUCUAGCUACCACUAAUAUUAGCGGAUAUAGUCGUGUUUGCAAUACUUUUCUAUUGGUUAUCACUCCUAAGUACGUAGAAAAGCGAAAGUUUUCCCACGAAGAAGUGUCUGGAGACUGGAGGUAUUCCUCAUGGUAAUUCCGUAAAAAUUGACAAAAUGUUGCGUUUUGUAUUUGGACAAUUGAGUUUCUGGGCCAUUGGCCAUGUGACACGUAGUUUCUCUUUCUACAAACGCCUAACGCUUCGAAAACUAACAAAAUGUAUGGGAAAGACAGAUCCGAUCGACAACUUGAUCACGUGACCUUGACGUCGAUAGUGAAUGUCAUUCCCAUACGUUUAUAAAUUUUCUAAACGUUAGCGUUUAGGAGAAUCGACAUGACAUAUGGCUACAGGCCCAGAAACUCGAUUGGACUACUGCUACCUUGCAUAGCCACCACAGUCUGUCUGGUUAUCGCAGACGCUUCUUUUAUAAGUGCCGGCUUAUGAACUAAAGGUUAUCACUUGAUUAUUUUAAUACCCAGCAGUUUUCGCUCAAACGACGGUUCCCAAUGUGAGGUCAGCAUUAAAACUCAUGCAUUUCAACGCAAUACGUUCAAAAAAUUAUAUUUUUUAAUAUAUAAAUCACAAGUCGGUUUAGGAGUUGCAAUAAAUUAGUCGGUAGAGAUAUGAAUUAUGUAGAUGUUUAACUUACCCGUAAAGCCAAUGUUGAACUUGUAUCGUUGUUUGCUAAUUUUAGUGUGUGCGUAAUUCGGGCAUCAUUAUUCCUAAUGUUAAUUAAAUUAUAAGGAAAUUGUUCGAAGAAGUACGUGCCUAAACUACAAUAAUGUUGUUGUUGUUACAUUUCUCUAACAAUAUGACGAUCAUGUAAAUACGGCGCUGUUCGUAGUAUACUAAUAUAAUUCGUUUUUAAAUAAA